GCCCCUUUCUCUCCAUCUGCCAUUUUGGUUUUGUUCCCGUCUGCAGUCGCAAAGCCAGCCAGCAACGCAAUUACAUAGAAGAGACUCAGUGACUCGACAAUACAGUGUUAGAGACCCUCCUAAUCCCGCAUCGCGUUUCUUUUACUUUGUACAAAACGUCCAAUUUUAAUUCCCCGUCGUCCAUUCUGAUAUAUAUACAUAGACACUGCGGGAGAGGAGCGGGUUCGCAUUGGGAAGGGACCGAGAAGGAUUAUUGAUGUCCAGCUCGCCGCUGUCCAAGAAGCGUCGCUUGUCAGGAACAGAGACGAAGACGGGAUCCCACUGCUCCUCCUCUAACUCUGUCAGAACUGAUCUAUCUCACACACCUGCCAACGGCAUGGCUAAGAAUGGCAAUGAUGCUGAGAUUGAUGAAGGCCUGUACUCCAGACAACUUUACGUGUUGGGCCAUGAUGCUAUGAAGCGCAUGCAAAACUCCAAUGUCCUCAUCUCUGGUAUGAGAGGUCUUGGAGUGGAGAUUGCUAAGAAUGUGAUCCUGGGAGGAGUUAGAAGUGUCUCUGUUCACGACCAAGGAGUUGCAGAAUGGAGAGAUCUCUCUUCUCAGUUUUAUCUCCGGGAGGAGGACCUGGGAAAGAACAGAGCAGAGGUGAGUCAGCAUCGUUUGGCUGAACUCAACAACUACGUUCCCGUGACUGCCCACACCGGAGUACUCACCGAGGACUACCUGACCAAGUUCCAGGUGGUAGUGCUGACCAACUCUAAUCUGGAAGAGCAGCAGCAGCUGGGAGAGUUCUGCCACAGCAAGGGAAUCAAGCUGAUCAUUGCAGACACUCGUGGUCUAUUUGGCCAGCUCUUCUGUGACUUCGGUGAGGAGAUGGUAGUGUAUGACACCAAUGGAGAGCAGCCAUUGAGUGCUAUGAUUUCCAUGAUCACAAAGGACAAUUCAGGGGUUGUGACGUGUCUGGAUGAGACUCGUCAUGGCUUUGAGAGUGGAGACUAUGUCACCUUCACAGAGGUCCAGGGUAUGACAGAGCUCAAUGGCUGCCAGCCAGUGGAAAUUAAAGUUCUGGGUCCCUACACCUUCAGCAUUUGUGACACAGCUGGCUUCACAGACUAUGUAAGAGGAGGAAUCGUCUCCCAGGUCAAGAUGCCCAAGAAGAUUGCUUUUAAAUCCAUCUCUUCUUCCAUGGCUGAGCCAGAGUUCAUUAUGACAGACUUUGCCAAGUUUGAUCGUCCAGGGCAGCUGCAUGUGGGCUUCCAGGCUAUCCACGCCUUCCAGAAGAAACACAACCACCUUCCUUCACCUUGGAGUCAGGCUGAUGGUGACGAGUUUUUGGCUUUGACCAAAGAGGUGAACUCUGCCCAGACCGGCUCAGCCAAGGUGGAGCAGUUGGAUGACGCUCUCAUCAAAAAACUGUCCUUUGUUGCUGCCGGUGACCUGGCCCCUGUCAACGCCUUCAUUGGGGGCCUGGCUGCACAGGAAGUGAUGAAGGCAUGCACAGGCAAAUUCAUGCCCAUAAUGCAGUGGCUGUACUUUGAUGCCCUGGAGUGCCUGGCCGAGGAGGAAGGAGUAAUAUUGACAGAGGAAGAGUGUGCCCCUAGGAACAGCCGAUACGACGGACAGAUUGCUGUGUUUGGCACCAAGUUGCAGGAGUUGCUCGGCAAGCAGCGCUACUUCCUGGUGGGAGCUGGUGCAAUUGGCUGUGAGCUGUUGAAGAACUUCGCCAUGAUUGGCCUGGCCGGUGGUGAGGGUGAGGUCAUUGUGACUGACAUGGACACCAUAGAAAAGUCCAACCUCAACAGACAGUUCCUCUUCAGACCCUCAGAUGUUACGAAAAUGAAGAGUGACACUGCUGCUGCUGCAGUGAAGCAAAUGAACCCCUCCAUCAGGAUCACUGGUCACCAGAACAGGGUGGGCCCCGACACAGAGAGGGUCUACGACGACGAUUUCUUUGAGAGCCUUGAUGGAGUGGCCAAUGCACUGGAUAACGUUGAUGCUCGUAUGUACAUGGAUCGGAGGUGUGUGUACUACCGUAAACCCUUACUGGAGUCUGGUACUCUCGGCACCAAAGGAAAUGUCCAGGUUGUGAUUCCCUUCCUCACAGAGUCAUACAGCUCCAGCCAAGACCCACCUGAGAAGUCCAUCCCCAUCUGCACUCUCAAGAACUUCCCAAAUGCCAUCGAACACACACUCCAGUGGGCCCGUGAUGAGUUUGAGGGACUAUUCAAACAGCCACCAGAGAAUGCCUUGCAGUACCUCUCAGAUCCAAAGUUCAUGGAGCGUACUCUGAAGCUUCCGGGAGCUCAGCCUGUGGAGGUGCUGGAGGCUGUUUACAAGAGUCUUAUCACAGACUGCCCCCACAGCUGGGCUGACUGUGUAGCCUGGGCACGCAACCACUGGCAGGUCCAGUACAGCAACAACAUCCGCCAGCUUCUGCACAACUUCCCCCCAGAUCAGCUCACUAGCUCUGGUGCUCCCUUCUGGUCUGGCCCAAAGAGGUGUCCUCACCCACUAGAUUUCAGCACUAGCAAUGAGCUGCACAUGGACUAUGUUUUGGCAGGAGCCAACCUGUAUGCUCAGACAUACGGCAUACCGGGCAGCAGUGAUCGUGCCGGUGUGGUCAAGAUCUUAGGGGAGGUCAAGGUGCCAGUAUUCACCCCUCGUUCAGGGGUUAAAAUCCACGUGUCUGACCAGGAUCUGCAGAACAGCAAUUCCUCUGUUGAUGACUCCAGGCUGGAGGAGCUGAAGGUCCAGCUGCCUUCUCCCGAGACCUCCCAGUUCAAACUCAGCACCAUUGACUUUGAGAAGGAUGAUGACACCAACUUCCACAUGGACUUCAUCGUAGCAGCAUCCAACCUGAGGGCAGAGAACUACGACAUUCCCCCCGCAGACAGACACAAGAGCAAACUGAUAGCAGGCAAGAUCAUUCCUGCCAUCGCCACUACCACAGCAGCUGUGGUCGGCCUGGUGUGCCUGGAGCUCAUCAAAAUCGUCCAAGGACACAAGAAGCUGGAGACAUUCAAGAACGGCUUCAUGAAUUUGGCCCUGCCUUUCUUCGCCUUCUCCGAGCCCAUUGCUGCUCCCAGACACAAGUACUAUGAGAUCGAAUGGUCAUUGUGGGAUCGCUUUGAGGUGACAGGGCUGCAGCCUAAUGGAGAGGAGAUGACACUCAGACAGUUCCUGGACUACUUCAAAAAUGAGCAUAAGUUGGAGAUCACCAUGCUUUCUCAGGGAGUGUCCAUGCUCUAUUCAUUCUUCAUGCCUGCUGCCAAACUCAAGGAGAGACUGGACCUGCCUAUGACAGAGAUUGUGACUAAGGUGUCCAAAAAGAAGCUGGGCAAGCACGUGAAGGCGCUGGUGUUUGAGCUCUGCUGUAAUGACCUGUCAGAUGAGGAUGUGGAAGUGCCCUAUGUCAGAUACACCAUCCGCUGAGCCCUGCAUUGAACCCACCCAAAGGGAGGGUGGGGAUUGCAGGGGGGGAGACCAGGGGAGGGGUGUUUCAAGAGAGGAGUUGAGGUGGGGGAGGGGGGGGUUUGGGGUGGGUGAGUUGAUCCAGGUCAGCUCUACUGGAUCAAUCAGUUUUUUUUAAGGCCUGUGGUUUGUGUAAACCUGUGCCUGAGUGUACAUAGCCCCCGUAAGCUGAUUUAAGGAUACCUGUAUGUGUGUUAGGGAUCCAGUUGGUGCUCGGCUGUGGGAACAGGGGCGUCACUGGAAGGAAGGGAGCAUGUACACUGGACCUCCUGGUAUUUCUGAGUAGCAGAACCUCUCCGCUGAGUAAAAUCUAAGCCUUUUAGUGUUCUCUUGGCACUACUGUUGGAAAUACCCUCACACUCAUACUCGCCUUCAGCACUAAAAGAAGGGACCUUUUUAUCCAGUCUCUCCCUCCGAUCUACGUGCUCUCUUCCUUCCUCUGAACCUUGUCUCAUAGACCUUGUCCCACAUCACUGUUUUUUAUUUCAAAGAUGCACCUCAUUAAGAAGAUCAGCCAAGAAUCCCUGAAAUAUUGUCAAAUUCAUUUAGAAUCCAUUGCCCCCCCCCCCCCCCCCCCCCCCCCUGGCCAUUUCACUGCCCUUAACUCUGCCUGAGACCCUGAAUUCAAAGCCGUAGAAACACCUGAAGACGUAGCCAACCCCCCGAGUUUACAACCUCCCCUGACUAGGAAAUAAUUUGAGAAUCUCACACCCGCAUUCCUGGUUUAAGGCGACCCUACACCCAACUCAUCCAGCACCCUGUGGCUUUGGACGGGCUCUCUCUCUCUCAUGACAUCAGUUCUCUCUUUAUUUCAGGUGUUUUGUUAAUUGUUUAUUUUAUUUUAGGGGGUGGGGGUGGACAGGGUUUUGGCACACACACCUUCUAGAUCAUAAACUGUCUUCUUUCUACUUUGUUAACUCCAAAAAGAUAUCACAGUAUAAGAACAAGGCAAUGAGAUGUAUCUUGAAAUGGGAGCACUUAGUGUGAUAGUGAAUAAACAU